CACGUGCCCCGGGUCCCGCCUCGCUCGCUCGCUCGCUGGCCGGGGCGCUGCUGGCCGGCCGGGCGCGGGGGCGAUGGUUUUCCUGAGCGCGCCCUGCUGGCUGCGGAGCCGCCUGACCGACCGCUUCUGGAGGGUGCAGGCGGUGCUCAAGCAUGCGCGACAUUUUCGUGGAAGGAAGAACCGCUGCUAUAGAUUGGCUGUACGAAGUGUUCGGAGAGCUUUUGUGAAGUCUACAAAGGCCAGAAGAGAAAAGAAGAAAUUCAUGAGAGCGCUCUGGAUUACGAGGAUUGAAGCAGCUUCUCUUGAACAUGGUUUGAAAUAUCCAGCUUUCAUAGGCAAUCUGCUUAAGUGCCAGGUGGAGCUGAACAGGAAAAUGCUUGCUGAUCUGGCUAUUUAUGAGCCAAAGACAUUCAAGUCCCUAGCUGCCUUAGCCCAAAGGAGGAGACAAGAAGGCUUCCUUGAUGCCCUUGGAGAUGGAAAAGAACCAGAAGGAAUAUUUUCACGAAUUGUACACCAUUAUUGAAGUGACAGGCAUAAUCUGCAAUUAUAGCUGCCUAUUCUAAGCAGAGACUUGUAUUUCAAAGUAAGUUUGCACCCCAGAGAACAAAAAAAGUCAUAUCUAUGAAACAAAAUCCUCUAAAAUCAAUCUAGCAAGAAAGAAGGAAGUCUUAGACAACUAGCUUGUAAACUUAUGAGGACGGUUCUUUUUCCUUAGUGGUUUUGGUUAAAAUUGCAAUCUAAGCUUAACAGGGAUAAACCCUACUGUGCAGAAGUCGCUCUACGUCAAAAUGUUGUGUAAACAUUUUUGUUCUGUAACAAUCUAAUAAAGGGUUUUUUAUGUAUUAUGAAAAUA